GGCAAUAUAGCAGCAGCAGCAGCAGCCAACCACGUGCUCCUUCGUCAUUCGUGUUGUCCAUUCGUGCACUAUAGCACCACCACCGUGGUGGCGGUUGCUGCUAUUGCUGCUGUACUCGUGUGUCGUGUACUUGAUUGCGGCGCGGCUAUUUUUGAAUUUCUCAGAUUUUAGGCUGAAGUGCGUGCGAAUACAGGACGACGAGCGACGACGACGAUGAGAGAAGCAUCCUUGUCCUCCCAAAGGUGGAUGUGAAUGGAUAUCCUGGUGGAUUGUGUGCGUUUUUGUGUGUUCAUCACACCGAGCAAUUAAGUAUCAGUCAGCCAGGCAGCAGGCGUAUCCUUUUUCUAUACAACUGUCGUUUAGCGUUUUUUUUUUUGUUUUGUUUUAUUUUACGUUUUUCAAUUCGAGGGGCAAUUUGAAUUUUUAAUCAGGCAAACGCGAAACACAUUCUGAUUCGUCGCUGUUUUAUAAUAUACAACACCACCGUUACGCCUUAUAUAGUUUUUUCUUCUUGUUGUUGUCUUUUGGAUAUUUAUCCCCCGUCCGGAAAACUGAACGGCCUGAAGUUGGAUAUAUCCACAUACCAACAGAUGAAUAUCCGGAUGACGACGAAGGGCAAGCGCCCGUUACGGAGCUUGACCCCUAGCGACAAAAUUCAUGCCAUUCAAAGGAUUCACGAUGGUGAAUCGAAGGCUUCGGUGGCCCGUGAUAUUGGUGUUCCAGAGUCAACAUUGCGUGGAUGGUGUAAAAAUGAAGAUAAGCUGCGAUUUAUGUCAAGACAGUCAGCAUCUGACAAAAUGGCAGCAGAUUCAUUGACCGAUAAGUUAGUCGAUGGAGCUGCUGCCGCUGCUGCAGCUCUUUUAGGAGGACCUCCAGAAAAACGCCAAAAAAUGGACCCAUCAAUGCCAUUGAAUUUCUCCAACAAAAUUAAAUAUGAAGAUCUUGGAUACAAACGAAGCCCCUUGAACGGAUUGGAUUUUAGCACAAAUAAAGCUUUAUCCGAUUUGAGUUUUAAUGGUUUGGGUCCUGACUAUAAUGCAUUCAAAAAUGCCGAAAUGGUUGCCAUGAAUGGGGUGAAAAACAAAGGCUAUGGUGCUGAUCUUUCCCGCCAGAAUGAUCCAUCCCUCGCUGCUAUCAGUCCUCUAUCGAGCUUAAGUCAUCUAUCUGGAUUGACAGGUCUUGGACAUAGUCCUUUAGCAAUCAGCUUCAAUGAGCUGACAUCGAAUUUAAAUUUAAUUGCCCAAUUAAAUCCUAAUUUAGCGGCAACAAUGUCUAGUCUAAAUGGUAUUAAUCCCAGCUCUCUGCGAAAUGUCAAACCAAAACCCCAACCUAUGCAUAGUCCUCGAAGCAAUGACGGUGAUCGAAUUACACAAGGACUUUCGGUCAAGAAUUGGGCUAAACAGAAGAAUUCCGGAAAUGACAAUUAUGGUUUGAAUUUGAGUGCAAAUGACAAGAACAAAAUGAAAUGUCCUUCACCAUCUUUGGCACCAUCUUUAGGCUCAGGAAUGCCAGCAAUGGAUGAUCCUCUUUUGUAUUGGUUGAAGUCUCAACAGGCUAUGUUGGGUUUGAACAGCUUAUAUCCACCAAAUCCGAUAAGUUCCUCAAGUCCACCCAUUCGAUCUUCAACCCCCCAACAACACGGACAUGCGUCAACCCCACCAAUUUCAUCUACCCCACAAACUCCAACCUCAACUCCAUCGGGAAGUCUUGACGAUAAGAAUUCGGCAUGGUUUAACUGGUGCAAAGCGUUCGGAGCGAGUUUGAAUUCCCUAGCCCCACACAACGCCCUCCAGCCAUCUUCAACGACCAUUGACAUCAAACCUCAAUUCGAGAAUAUCCUCUAUUCUCAUCUGACCAAAGAAUCCAGCUCCCCACACAGCACUGAUGCCAUGAAUAACAACAACAACGAAGUUACUAGCAACUCAAAGCCUGAAGAUUUAUCAGCGAAAUCGGUAUCAGCCAAAACACCAAGUCCAGCUCAUAGCCCAAUUAUUAAGUCCGAAGCUGAUACUGUUUCGACACACACCUCCAAAGAUGCUCUGGACAAUUUGCUGUACAAGAUGAACCAAAAUAACAACAACAACAAUGGUCCAACUGCAAAUAUGAAGCAUGAACCUUCUACGGAUAUUGUUGAAGAUCAUGAUCGGGAGCUGGAGAAUAAUAGCAGUGGCAGCAGCAUCCAUAACAUGCAAGUUGGAGGUGGUAGUGAGAGUGACGCUAGCUAUAAUAGUGAUAGUCUCAAUAACAAUGACAACCAUGACAACAACAACCACAACAAUAACAACAAUAAUUCAAACAAAACCGACGAAGAAGAACGGGCCAAAUAUGCCGCUUCUGACUUUGAAGAUAUGGAGGCUAUUGAACAUGGCGAAAAGUUUCUUAAAUGGCUUGAGAAUUGCAGCAAUCCCCGUGUGACAUCUGUGCAAUUGAUGCAGCUUCGUUUUCUCAUAUCGGCGAUAAAGUCUGGCAAUGAAAAACAACAAGCCAAAGAUAGCGAUGAAGAGAACAAAGUGGCGAAGAUUCGCCGUCGCAAAUAGGAGCAACCGAAAUUGGCGUUAGACAUUGGAGGAGGAGGAGCAGGAGAGGUAGCAGCAUCAGCAAAUAAUGUUGCAGAUUGGGUUGUCAACAACAAUGAUGAUGAUGAGCUCUAUGAAGAUUAUGAAGACCAUCGCGGUGAUCGCGACCAUGACCAAUUAUUAGCAUGGCAUCAGGAUUAUCAUAGGUAUACCUUUUCGCCACCAGCAACUUUACUUAGCACCUACAAUAUAUAUCCUUAUUGUGAGACUGUUGAGCCCAUCGUCAAUAGUUGUAGUCCAUUUCGAAUUGAAACUGAAGAUGUCGACGAUGAAGAUGACGAGGCGGAAGUUGUAGAUGAAGAACCUAUCGAAGAUGUUAUUGAAGAACCUGUCGAAGAGUCUUUAUCGAGUGCAACUUCGGAAGUAUGCUUACCACCAACCAAAGAAGAACUGUCUGAUGCAAAUGAGUUAAAUGAAGAAGAAGUUUUUUAAAUUCGUUUUC